ACAGAGCAGAAGCUAUUCGAAGUGAGACGCGCGUGCACCAGCACUGUUUUCCAACGUCUUGCCCUCUUUGGCCGCCAUUCGGCAAGCGUGAAAAACCAAUCAGAGCGCCUCUUGCUGAUGGUCCGGAAAAGGAACGCGGCUGAGUUUCUUUCCCGAUUUUCCAUUGGUGUAACGGAGAGAGUGGGCGGGGCUUUCGCUUUAGAUAGCGAAUCGGAAAGCAGCAGAGCUCGGUUUGUUCCUCUCACAGACCGUUGAGGCCUGGAGAAAGGCCUGUUGCUGUGUCUGAGGGGGCGAAGCGAUGAUCGACCCGCAGAAGCGCAAAGCGCCCGGCCCGGAGAUGGCGUUGGUAGCGGCGGCGUCCGCGGCCAAGAAGCCCCGCCAUGAGCUGAUCCUGGGAGCGGGACCCGCCGGAGGGCAGCCGCCGCCGGGCGCCUUGUUGCAGACGGGUCCACCAAGAUGUUCCUCCCUCCAGGCACCCAUCAUGUUGCUUUCCGGGCAUGAAGGUGAAGUGUACUGUUGCAAGUUUCAUCCUAAUGGAGCCACCUUAGCAUCAGCUGGAUUUGACAGGCUGAUCUUGCUAUGGAAUGUGUAUGGUGAUUGCGAUAAUUAUGCCACCCUGAAAGGACAUAGUGGAGCUGUUAUGGAGCUGCACUACAACACUGAUGGCAGCAUGCUAUUCUCUGCCUCCACGGAUAAAACAGUAGCAGUGUGGGAUAGUGAGACAGGCGAGAGAGUAAAAAGGCUCAAAGGGCACACAUCGUUUGUGAACUCUUGUUAUCCGGCGCGGCGUGGGCCUCAGUUGGUUUGCACAGGCAGCGAUGACGGGACAGUAAAGCUAUGGGACAUCAGAAAAAAAGCUGCUGUUCAGACUUUUCAAAAUACUUACCAAGUUUUAGCUGUCACUUUCAACGAUACCAGUGACCAGAUAAUAUCUGGCGGCAUCGACAACGAUAUCAAGGUGUGGGACCUUCGACAGAACAAGCUAACGUAUACAAUGAGAGGACAUGCUGACUCCGUCACCGGACUCAGUCUCAGUUCAGAAGGAUCUUACUUGCUUUCCAAUGCAAUGGACAAUACAGUUCGCAUCUGGGAUGUCCGGCCCUUCGCCCCUAAAGAGAGAUGUGUGAAGAUACUUCAAGGGAAUGUGCAUAAUUUUGAAAAGAAUCUUCUGCGAUGUUCUUGGUCACCAGACGGAAGCAAAAUAGCGGCUGGAUCGGCAGACAGGUUCGUUUAUGUGUGGGAUACAACCUCCAGAAGAAUCCUUUACAAGCUGCCAGGUCACGCUGGUUCAAUAAACGAAGUGGCUUUUCAUCCAGAGGAACCAAUCAUUCUUUCGGCAUCUAGUGACAAAAGGCUGUAUAUGGGAGAGAUCCAGUGAAGCAGGUGAUGGCCAUGAUGUUUAUGCCUUGGGUGUGCAGAAUUGGAUUGCUCCCUAACCAAUUCGGAUUGCUCUCUGUAUGGUAACAGAAGAUGAAGAGACUGCAAGAAAAGUACUUCAUAUGAAGAGUUAACCUGCUACCUUUUAGAGGGUCCCUCCUUGACCAUGCCGUAGAAAAGAUAAAUGGUUUGGAGUCUGAGAACUGCUAGGCUUUACAAGAUGAACUUGAAUGGAUUUCCUAUUUCUACUGGAAAGCAUGCUUUGGAGUCACUAUCGAAAUCACCUGACAAGUAUAAAAUGUUGGCGUUUAAUAUUGUAUGCUUCCUUCCAAGUCGAUUUGUUUUUGUUUUUUAUAAACUGGGGAAAAAAUGAAAUCUUUUAC